AUGGUUAAAGAUAACCAUAGCACGAAGACACUUGGGAAACUAUUCCAGUUAUAUUUACCAAAAACUCAUCGAACAUAUAGCUGUGUUCAUUGUCGAGCACAAUUAGCCAAUCAUGAUGAGCUAAUAUCAAAAAUUUUAUUUUCUAGUAUUAAUGUGAAUACAAGUGCUGCUGAAGAACGGGUAUUGUUAACCGGAUUACAUGAAGUAGCUGAUAUUUAUUGUGAGUGUUGCAAAACGUUACUUGGAUGGAAAUAUACACAACGACUAGAUGCUAGAAAUCCUUCAGAUAUUCCACGCAGGGCUCGCGCAGAAUCACUGUCAUCUGUAUCAAGUGUUAUUUCUCACGUUCAACCAAUGAAAUCCACCACUUCUAAAGUUAGUCAUCGAAGUGCGAGAAUUACAACCACAGGGAUGAUCGAAGUAAUCAAAGAAAUGAAUAAAACACAGAGGGAAAUGAAUCGUGAUAAUCUGCCGAUGAUGCUGAAAGUUGUACAGAAUCAGCAACAGUCGUCUGCUCAACUUCAUCUAACUGCAGCACGAGCUCUAACACUUAUUUCUACAGAGGUUCUGUUAACUGCUAAUAAUGCUUCUUUGCCUGUACCGCAAAUACAUUCUUCUAAUUCAAAUAUUCUUCGACAUACCAAAUCAUUACACCGGAUGGAGAAAAUUCACAAAAAAACAGCGGAAUGA